AUUAUCUUCACUCUUCGUUUUUCUCCAGUUCUGCUGGGGUUCUAUGAAAUCUUGUCUUUGGCUGCUACGAAUCGGAGAAAUUGUUGAGGGCUUUGAAAGAGGAUCCGUUCAAAAGUGAAAACCCCUUUUCAAUUUCAAUCCAAUCGCAGACAUGGCUGAUCUGCCCGGAGAUAUCAUUCAGGAAAUCUUGCAUCAGCUUCCAGUCAAAUCCUUGAUGCGAUUCCAGUGCGUCCACAGGUCAUGGCAGGUUCUCAUCAAGAACCCGGAUUUUGUAUCCAAGCACCUUUCUUUGGCAAUCACCGACAAAACCCAACACCAUGUUAUUGUCUCCGCCGAGAAUCGCACCAGGCAUUCCUUGUCUUGGCUCUCAUAUGAAGAAGAAACUGGUUCGUAUGUGUGCAAAUUAAUCGAAGAAGGUUCUACAGCUUCCUACCAAUCAUAUCUUGGAGUUCUGGAUCACUGUAAUGGAAUCAUUUGUCUAGCUGUGGAUGACGAUGUUGUUUUACUAAACCCCGGAAUUAGGCAAUCAAGAAGACUUCCAGAGACCUGCAUCGGAAGCUCCGACCCCGAUUAUUUUACGUGCAGUGUUGGAUUUGGGUACGAUCCCAGAAGCAGUGAUUACAAAGUGGUCAGAAUCUGGAAAUCCAAUGUGGAUGAUCAUGUUAGGAUUGAGGUUUAUACUAUGAGCUCUAACUCCUGGAGAGAAAUCUUCUCUUUUGUUGAGUAUUUUGCUGAUUAUUUUGUCUGGGGUCCUGAACGCAAGAGAUACCUGAAUGGUUCUUGUUAUUGGUUAGGGCACGAAGAAUAUUACAGUGAGGAUGAGCCUGACUCGGACGAGGAGGAGAACGAUUCUGAGAUUAUUGUUUCAUUUGAUAUGAGCAAUGAGGUCUUCCAGAAGAUAUCAAUGCCGGACGAUUUCCAGUCUCCUGGUUUUUACAUUAGUGGUCUGCACAUUCUGAAAGGAUCCCUUUCCCUUGUGCAGUGUCCCUGGUCAGCUUUUCAAGAGAAAUUGUUGAAGGUAUGGGUGAGGAAUGAAUCUGGAGUUAAUGGAGUUUGGACUCAAUUAACAACGGUAAGGUUGUUUCCAAUUGCUAGAACACCAUUGCUGUUUUGGAAGGAUGGUGAUAUUCUUGUGAAGUGUAAUAAUGGGACGAAGGAUCUGGUGUCAUACAACGUUGGUACACAACACAUUGAUGAUAUUCCCAUUUUUGCAGAGGUUAUAAAUUUAGGUGUGUUUCGUUAUAUUCGCUAUGCAGAAACUUAUGUAUGCAGUCUUGUCUCAGUUUGGGGAAAUUAGUUUGCUUUGUGAAGGAAGCUAUAUUUUGAUAAAAGAGGACACAAAUGUGUACAUUCAUUGCAAAAUGUAUUGUAUUUUUUAUGUUGGUAUUAUCUUGUUUUAUAAUUUGAUUUGAUGAUUUGAUACCUUUAGUUAUGUUUGAUAAACAUAUAUUUCAAUGGAGGGUGUUGAGGGAUAUUCUUUUAAUUGGUACUUUGGUGCGGAGGGAGCAGGGGUAAGAAAUGUUUAAAAUGUUA